AUGUUUUGUUCUUUUCUGUUUACUAGCUGAUAAGACUGAUAUCUGAAAUGAAAAAUUCAUAAGAAUUUGAUGUUAUUUUGAUCCAAUAUCUAUGAUUUCUAGCUAAAAAAUGAUUGAAGAUUUGAAUGAAAAUAACAAGGAAACCAUAUUGGAUACUUCAUGGUCGUGGACACAAAAGGUUUUUAUAAACGAAACUUAUGUCAGAAACAGUGUAAAACAGAUUACAGACACUCCACCUUUUUUGAAUGAAUGUGAGGCAGCUUGGCUGCUUAAGGCUGUGUCCUGUGUCGAUCUGACAACCCUCGCCGGUGAUGACACGUUUACAAAUGUUUCAAGGCUGUGUGUUAAAGCAACAAGACCUAUUUCGGAAGAGAUAAUCCAAGGGUUAGCGGAGAAGUUUGGCGAUGAUUGUGAAUCUUUGAACAGAAUAAAAACGGCUGCUGUUUGCGUGUAUCCCGCUAGAGUGGACGAUGCUGUCUCUCAGUUGAAACGUCUCAAUGUCGACAUGCCUGUUGCCUCUGUUGCAACAGGGUUUCCUAGUGGUCAAUAUCCGUUGAACACACGUCUAGAUGAGAUCAGGUUCUGUGUGGCGCAAGGUGCCAAAGAGAUAGACGUUGUUCUUGAUCGGAGCCUCGUACUUGCGCACAAAUGGGAUCAUCUCUACAGUGAAGUCAAGGAGAUGAAAAACGCAUGCCAACAAAGUCACCUCAAGACAAUUUUGGCCGUCGGUGAAUGCGGCUCAUUUGAGAAUAUUUAUAAAGCGUCAAUGGUUGCCAUGUUAGCAGGAUCUGACUUCAUUAAAACUUCUACUGGCAAGGAAUCUGUGAAUGCCACUCUUCCCGUGGGCAUUGUUAUGUGUCGUGCCAUUAGAAACUAUUUUGAGAAAACUGGUAGAAAGGUUGGUCUGAAACCAGCUGGUGGUUUGAAGACAAACACUGAUGCAAUCAACUGGCUUAUGCUUGUCAAAACCGAACUUGGAGAUGACUGGCUUGACCCGAGACUUUUUAGAAUUGGAGCCUCCAGUUUGCUACAAAGCAUCGAAGAACGAUUGCAUAAGAUUGCUUUUAACGAAGUGCCUCUAUUAGAUAAAUACAAGUCUGUGUAGCUAUUGAAAACAUAUUUUGUACUAAAAAUAAAUAUUUUUUUGGGAAAAAAAUAUAUGAUGAUAAAUAUAAUAUUUAUAUAAAUUUUUGAAAAACAAUUAUAUUUCUACAUGAUUUUGUAUAAUUAUUAAUAAAUGUAGUAAAAUAAUAAUUUAUUUCUGUAUUGAAUAAAUUAUCUAUCU